AUGUCAUCACAAGCAGAGACUUCGUCGCCAAGCUCAAACGAACCGGGAUUAUCGACACCGAAAAUAAACAAUUCAGAAUCGAACGAAACGUCAACCACUGAAAAGAAGUCGACAAUCUUUGAAAUAGUCAAUGAAAUAGAACAGGACUUAGCGGAGCUUUCCAAAAAGCUAGGAAAGAACUCAAAGGAGCAGAGUGAACGGAUAGAAGCUGCUUUGAAGAAAGUCCACACUUUGAAAGAUGCAAAUUGA